CCUUCGUCGCGUCCGGAGUCGCUGUUCUUCCUCUCUUUUCCUCCCCCUCUUCUCGCGCUCUCCUCACCGUCUGUCAAACCGUUUAUCCGUCUGUCUGCCCGCCUGGCCGUCUGCCUGUCUGCCUGUCUGCCUACCUCUCUAACUGUUUGUCCGUCUGUACGUCUGUCUCUCUUUAUCCAUCUCUCCAUACAAUACAAAUACGGGCGCGCGAGCGCGCGCCCGCACGGACACUCUAUCUAUCCAUCUCAGUCGCAAUAUCCUUGGGUGCGCGUGCUGCUCGUUUCCAGUGCGUGCGCGAGUGCUAGGAUUCGAACUUCUCGAGAGCCGACAUGUGGAUGUGAUUCGAGCGGAGCGGGAGAAAAGGAAAUAAAGGAAAUAAAAAGGAAAAGUGAUUAUUGUAGUGAGCCUGGUGGAGCGCGUCGUCAUACAUGUUCGCCCGCUGUGGGAAUACGAGGCCAGAGGGAUAGUCGAGAAACUCAUCUUCCACGUCGACGAUGCAGUCGUGGCAUUCUCGUUGCUGAGGAUUGCUAAGGAACAGUGGUGACGGUGGUUUAGCCCAGAUCACGAUGACGAUGGAUGUGAGCAAGUCGGAGACUAGUAAAAAUGGCUCCACUCAGCAAGAGUGCCACGGCUGCCGCAAGACAAUCAAGGAAAGGUACCUUCUGAAGGCACUGGACGCCUACUGGCACGAGGACUGCCUCAAGUGCAACUGCUGCGACUGCCGAUUGGGUGAGGUCGGCUCGACCCUCUACACAAAGGCGAAUCUCAUUCUCUGCAGGAGGGACUACCUGAGGCUCUUUGGGAAUACGGGACACUGCUCAGCCUGCAACAAGCCCAUACCGGCAUUCGAGAUGGUCAUGCGCGCCAAAACAAACGUCUAUCACCUCGAGUGCUUUGCCUGCCAGCAAUGCUAUCACCGUUGGUUACGCAUGCCUUAA